GGUGGUCCUGCCGCCGCCGCCGCCUCCUCAAGGAGUUGCGGGCUUUGCAGGGCCCGCCGUAAUUGCCCCUCCAAGCCCUUCAAAACACUCCCCGGUCCUCCCCAGUCUGCAGCAGACCUGCCUUUGUUAUCCCCUCCACGCCUCAAGAAGCUGCUCUCUCCUCCUCUCUCUUUCCCGACCCUUUUGGGAUUCGUUCCCAGGCAGCCGGUUAGAAAUCAUGCCUCUUCUGCCUGCGUAGAUGUGGUUGUGGCUGCUGCAGUUUUCCCUCUUGAACCCCCUCAGCGUCUUCUUCCCGUUGUAGGUUCGCUUCAGGCCUGUCUUAGCCCUCCUCACCACCCACUUCACUUUCUCAUCUGGUAGAACUGCUGUGGUUGUCUCCUAAGAGGGUGAGCUGGGAAGCCCCCGUUUUUGUCUCUUCUCAAGUAUAAAUCCACUGGGUGAUCUCAGGCUAGCUUCUUGCUCAGCCUCUUCCUGGCUGUCAUGAGGAUAAUACCGGCCGACUGAGUAAGGCUGUUGUAAAGAUGAUUGAGAUGAGUACAUGUGAAGUGCUUUGAAUGGUGUGAAGAAGCCCUGUUAAAUGUGGUGUUAAUAAUGAUAACGUUAUCCACUCUCCAGAAAGAGCCUGUUCCCUCACUGUUAUGUAAACAGCCAGUUUUAAAAUGUCUUAGCCUUUGUGAAGAUGGUCCUGAUUUGAAGGCCAUAACAUAAUAGUCAGGCUUCACACAAUGGGUUUGAAGUCACUCUGUUGGAGGCAGAAUAGCCUUGCAUUUGUUUUAUAUUAAGAAAAAGCUGGAUCUUAUAUGCUUUGGCAUGCUAGAGUAGAACUGUUCAGCCUGCAAAAGGGGUAGGGUGGGAACUCUCUCUGACAAACAUCUAAAGAAGAGAAUAAAGGACGAAAAGUGAGAAUAGGGUAGAAUUCCAGAGUGUAGAGAUCUUUGUGCUGGUGGCAUUUUCCUUCCUGCUGGAGUCACUGUUUAGCACAGCAACCACUGCUGCCUACAAAGAAGCAAGACAGAUUUGGUGGGAGAAGUCAAGGUUGGGAAGUGGAAUAUCAAUGAAGGGAAGAUCCUCCAGAGCCUUCCCUGCUCUCCUCCCUCUGCCACCCCUCCCACAUUUGCAUUCAGCCACUGCCUCAUCAGUCUUGCAGACUGCCACCCUGAGUGUGGCAAGAGAAAAACUCUUAAAGCAAUGAGCUAUAGAAUUGAAGUAGCUUUAAGGGAAGAUGUGGUAUUGAUGAGUGGCUUCACACUGUACCCCAGUGCUAGUUUUAGGUGAACUUUGUAAGCCAGCUACUGAUUUUAGGAUAGCAACCUAGUGAGUUAGUAUUUUAUUAUUCAACAUCAGCAAAGUUGUGGGCAUUAUCCAAAAAGUAGCCAUGGCGCACACCCAGCUGCAUUCCAUGUAGCUUUCUAGAGAGUGAGGUGGAUUUUCUGGAAAGUUUACUGAUGCUAUGGAUUUAAUUUAGCAAGUUUAUUUUAUUUGUAUUUAGUAAAUGAUGCAAAAUAAAAAUGCCUUGUUUAAGUUUUUGGCCCAAUACACUGUAUGUAUUUGACUUGAAAUAUUUGAGAGAGGCAUAUUAAAGCACUUAAUGUGAUUUAAUUGUUGCAUUUAUGAUACAAAAUUUAAUUGGAAUAAUAAAAAUAUAAAGACAAUCGUACUUACUUCCUUUGCAUUGUUGAAAUUUAAGAAAAAAGCAAACAUACUGCAAACUGUUAACACUAAAUUUGGCAACACAAAGAACAGCAUGAUAUGUUGAUAACCUAACUUCAACAAAGUUUAGUGCUCUUCCAGUAUGGUUGUUGGCCUUCAGAUUUACGGUCGCUAUUUAUUAAGUCACUUUUAUUUGAGACAUACAUGUAUUCUUAUGCAUACUUGCUAGGUAUAGUUAACCUGAAAAACUUCAGUCAUAAACUAUGAAACAGUCAAGCUUGUAUCUGUUGACUGUUGUAUUUGUAAUUUGCAUACAUUCAUUUUUAUUAAUGAACCUAUGAAAUGGGAAAAAAUCCAUGGAAAAAUGCACUGGAAAAAAAUUAUCCUACAUCAUAAGGAAGAAAUGCAUGUUUUGAGCCAUAAUAUGUUAUGAUUUGGUAUGCUAGGAAAGGGCCAUGUUGCCAGAAUUAAAGCACUUCAUGGGUAAAUACGUUGUGAUUCUGUGCAAUGAGUGGGCAGUGACUACCCCCUUAACACUAUAAGUUGAUUGGCUAGAAAUACCCCAAUGGUCAGAGAAUUCUGCAGAGGUGAUAUAACAUAGCAUCUCAGAGGUUAAGCCUUAGUUCAAAUCUUGCAUGAUAUAUGAAUUCCGUUAGCUGUGUCCGUGUUCUUAGCCUUGGCUUCUCACUGGUAAUUUGGUAGUAACAAUACUAAUUUACAGGAUAUUUUAAGCAUUACUGUAUAAUAUAUAUGAUGUGUUCUGAAUGCUAAAUGUACGUGUAGUUUUACUCCAUUGAUUUUCUCUCUUUUCUUCUUUUUUGGUAUGGCAAGGGAAAGACCAAAUGCCGAAGUGUAAGGAGAAGUGAGCAGUUUGCAAGAUACCCUGUGGAUAAAUGUUCGUUAUCCAAAGCUCUGCUCAGAGAAGAAAAUGUGCUUUAUGAUUGAUCAGCUCCAUAUGGCUCAAGCAAUGGCUGCUGGCUGCCCAAAUCAUGCAUGAUGUACAUGUCCUGCAGAGCUUGUUGGUAGGAUCUCUUCCCCAGCUGUCACCUUCAUUUGUGUGGAUUUUUAAUGCGAACCCCUUUAAAAGAUCAGGACUACAGCGAGCCAUGGCCACCACAAACCCUCUGGAGAACCUCCAGGUGGAAGCCAGCUGCUCCGUCUGCCUGGAAUACCUGAAAGACCCUGUGAUCAUUGACUGUGGUCACAACUUUUGCCGGGUAUGCAUCACCCGCUGGUGGGAGGACCUAAACCGGGACUUCCCCUGUCCUGUCUGCCGCAAGACUUUCCGCCACCGCACUCUGAAGCCCAACCGGCAGCUGGGCAACAUGGUAGAGAUAGCCAAGCAGCUGCAGGUCACAAACAAGCGCAAGGUACGGGACGAGAACUUGUGCGAAAAGCACAACGAAGUGCUUCGGCUCUUCUGCAAGGAGGACCAGGAGGCUGUUUGCUUAGUGUGUGAGAUCUCCCAUGAACACCGCUCACACACAGUUGUGUCCCUGGAUGACGCCUCCCAGGAAUACAAGGAAAAGAUGCAGAAGUGCUUGGAACCCUUAGAACGAAAACUGCAGGAGAUCGCCCACUGCAAAUCUCGGGAAGAGAAGAAGCCUGGAGAGCUCAAGCGGAAGGUCGAGGAUCGCCGCCAGCUCAUCAUCAGUGAGUUUGAGGAGUUGCACUUGUUUCUGGCAGAGGAGCAAGAAGUGCUGAUGCGGCGCCUGGAGAAUGAGGAGAAGGAGAUCCUGCAGAAGUUGAAGGACAAUGUGGCUGAGCUCUCUGAGCAACGAGUCGCCCUCAACAGCCUCACCAUAGAGAUUGAGGAGAAAUGCCUGCAGUCGGGCAUGGAGAUGCUCAAGGAUGUGAAGACCACUCUUGAAAGGUGCGAAAAGGCCCAGGCCCAGGAGCUGACCCAGGUCUCCAUUGAGCUGGAGAAGAAUUUCUGCAAUUUCCCCAGGCAGUACUUUGUUCUGCGUAAAAUAAUAAAGAGGCUAACAGGAGAUUUGACCCUUGACCCUGAGACAGCCCACCCCAACCUUGUGCUUUCUGAGGACCGCAAAAGUGUCAAGUUUGUGGAGCAGCGCUUGCGAGACCUGCCCGACAGCCCAAGACGCUUCACCAUCUACCCAUGUGUCUUGGCUACGGAGGGCUUCACCUCAGGCCGCCACUACUGGGAGGUGGAAGUAGGCGAAAAGACCCACUGGGCCCUGGGGGUUUGCAAUGACUCGGUCAGCCGUAAAGGGGAGACCACCUCCCUGCCUGAGACUGGCUAUUGGCGGGUGAGGCUGUUCAAUGGGGACAAGUACGCAGCCACAACGACCCCCUUCACCCCACUCAAUGUUGCCACCAAGCCCAAGCGAGUGGGAGUCUUCCUGGACUACGAGGCUGGCAAGCUCUCCUUCUACAAUGUGACGGACCGUUCCCACAUCUACACUUUUACCGACACUUUCACUGAGAAGCUUUGGCCCUUUUUCUACCCGGGGAUCCGUGCCGGCCGGAAGAAUGCUGCUCCCCUAAUCAUUCGGCCUCCCACGGACUGGGAGUGACAAAAUGACUAAGCUCUCCCAUUAGGAUCAGUCCUCAGAUGUGAAGAGGGAGUUUUAAUAACUUGGCUUCUCAAGAGAGGCGGGAGGAGAAAGCCUGGAACAGUAACCUGGGGUCCAAGCAUAACAUCAUGCCCAGUCCAGAAAAAUAUUCCCCAGGAGGAAAAGUGCUGAGGCUUUGAGCAGACAGCAUGUUCCACGGUGGGCUUCACGUUUUCUUCAAGGAAUGUCACCGUAGGGGAGGAAAGGAGAAGUUCUCAUUAGCGCUUGGAAGGAGCUUCGGAGCAGGCCAAGUUUCACCGGGGCCAGUGAAGAAAUCCGUUCCUUCUGUGAUCCUAGCCCUUUGAUGUGUAGGGGGGAUGCCAUCGGAGACGACAUCACUUUAACCUCGCUGGGUUGUUUGGCGAAAAGCCAUACUAUUUGCAUGAGCUGUGGGCAGAGCGAGUCAGAAGCAUGCGUGAGUGUGAGGGCGGCAGCUCCGUGUGCCAUUGAGCAUGGCAGGGGGAUGCUGUGGAGGCCGUGGAGGGAAGCGACCCCUGUGUGAAGGGGUUUGGGUGGAUCAUUCAUUCUUGCAUGCACAGACCAUGGAAACACCUUGUUCCAAUCCCCUGCAGCUUGUUCUUUGCUGGCAGCCAGGGGGUGUGUAGGCAGCCGCCCUGUCCCACCUUGAUAGGGUGCUGUCGUGCACAGAUAUGAGGAGAGAAAGGAAACCAGGCCCAGAUUUUUUCCUCUGAGGGACCUCAGUGCCCCUUGAAGGGAGGCCACUGCUGUGGGCCGCACAGUCACCUGAGGUUUCGAUACCUGCUGGUGGAUCUUGGUUGCAAAGAUGAGUCUUGAAACAGAGCUUUGGAUUCAGCCCUACAGGGGAUUGCUGCCUCAUCCUGCUUUUAAGGCCGGAAUUCGGGCAUCCGUGGUCGUACCAGAAGGGUCAGUGCAUGCUACCUCCAGCUCAUAGCGGGCAAGCCACUUUUUGUUUUGCGCAUGGCAGUUCCUGUCUGUGAGCCACCUGGCCCCAGACCACCGUCACGGCAUCCUGCGAGCAUCACCUGAACAGGAUGUGCUGGGAGUUUUUUGCAUGUGGACACUGCAGCAAAUGCCACUUGGCCUUCCUCUGCAGGAAGCCACAGCAAGCCAGAGAAGCCGCCACAGUGUGCUGCACAUUCCAGUGCAGUGGCCUCAGGUGAGGUUUGAAUGUCUUCCAGUAGUUCACAUCAGUCAAGAAAAAAGCCCCUUUCCUGCCCGUUUCAUGCAGGCGCUCGCUGCAGUGGGCUGUUGGCAGGUAGGUGAGAAGAUGCUUUUCAUGUAACCUCCCCACCAUUUUGGUGCUUGUUAGGGGGGCUGCAGCUAAAUGAGUAUAAAUGAAUAAAUAUAGUUGCCCAUUCAGAGUGCAGAGAAAUCUGGCUAUUUAAUGUUACAGCAUCAUCAUGCCACCCAUGCAAUCCCUGCUUGGCUGGUAUUGCCUUAGAAGAAACCCAUUUUGUUUCGGGUUUUCAAAGGGGGAAAUGGAGCUGGAGCUGCAGACCAAUGAAAGAAGCAGCUGUGAUCAUAUGGCCAAAAACGGGAACUGGAGGGGUGUGUGUGAGUGAGUGAGUGACAUCCAUGAUACGUCAUGACUGACUUAAGCCAUAGCAUCUGUGGGCUCCAAACCUUCUAAAUACUCAACUCCUGACCAGGGGGUACAAUGUUGGGUGAGCCUGGCCAGCAUGGGAUACGCAAGGGCUAAGCAACCCUGCUAUAAUCCUAGAACAGGCCUCUGUAGCUUGUUUACCCGCACACAGGCGUUAAGCGAUGGGACAGCAUAUAAAAACUCCAAAUAAAUAAACCCCACCAGCCCGGUGUACCAGACGUAGCAAGCAGGGGCUGCACCUGCAGGAUGGCAUCCCCAGGUGUUUCAAUUAAUAGUCCUGAUUUAAUUAAGCCAACAUGAGCUUUGUCAUGUGAAGAGCCCCUAUGCUUGUAUGUACCUCUUUCUCCUGCCCCCUUGCCCGUAAAGGUCCAUCCGAAAUUUUAGUGCAAUCACAUCCUAGGAGAUACUGUUGGACCUAGCUGAGAGGCCAGUGCUAUGUCCCAUUUAGUUAAGAAAGCAGUAAAUGAAGCAGAAGAGAAACACAUGGAAGAAAAGCAGAGCGGUUUUAACCGGUUUUAAACUGAUUCCAGAGGAAUCCCAUUAUUUCAUGAGGCGACUAAGGGCACAGUUUUACUGUAUGCAUCCUCAGUGCUUGUAACACUCAAAAAUCAGAGGCUUGCAAGCAUCCAGUGCAGAGUGGGAGAAGCAGCAGAGGCCAUUUCACCCUCCCCACAUCUCGACUCUGCAUUUCAGCUGCUGAGGUGCUUCGGGGAGGGAGGGAAGGCAGCCCCAGUGGCCCCAGAAUACCACCUUCAACCCUCUCCAAGACUGAAUUCCUCACCUCAGAGUGGCAACUUGCCUUUGUUUGCUCUGCACAAUCUGCAGGAAGCUUGAAGCACCGUCUCUGACUUCAGAUCUGACAGGGAUCUGGAUUAUCCUGUGGCUGCCCAGAUGAUGUCCAGGGCUGCAGGAUCAUUCCUUAAGCAAGUACUUCAAAAACUGCAUGGGAACCCGGCUAGUUAAUACAAGGGUUGUUUUAGGAAUUACCACAGCACUAAACUUUUGACUGCUUCCCAAAUGCAGUGCUGUCUUAAAUUUUUUUAACGAUUUUCAAAUUUUAAGAUACGUGAGAAAAACAGGCAAGAUUUGUGUGCAAUAAGAGGAGAUUUUGUGUUUGGCUAAUCCCCAGACUUAACUAAUUGGAGUGGGAGAGAGCAGUUGGAGGCCUGCUUCAGUAGCUGAAGCACGGUUGGGUGUCUAAAAUGUAUGUGAGGAGCAUGCACUUGGGAGUAGAGUGCCUGCAGCAGACCAGGAUUCAGAUGCCUUUUCAGCUGGAUUCCUGCUGAAGGCCCUUUCAGCCUCUCCAGGACACUGGGCCAUGCUGGCUGGGUGCAGUGGAGCCACAAGGGAGGCAGGUGGGGAAUGCUGCUCUGGCUUCCAGGUUGGUUAGGGUAAGCAAGCCCCUCCCAGGAAUGCCCUGGUGAGCCUCAUUUAAGUUUUGCUGGCCAACAGGGAAAGGAGGAUCAACAGGUCUGUUAGACUGCUCUUACAUGAUAAUGUCCCGCAGUUGCACAGUUGGCUUUGUAUACAGGUGUGUGCGUGUGCGUGUGUGUCUAUACAGCUGAGGACACUUUGGUUUGGGUACGUCAAGCCCUGAAAUAUGAGUUGGCUGGGAAUUCUUUGGCAACCCACAGCUUUAGUGCAAGAUACUUGUGUUAUGGCUUUUUAAGUUAAUAAAAUCUCCUGUUUUGAUUGACAACAA